GGGCGUCCCAGCGGCGGGUUCCCACCUCAGCACGCGCUACCGCCCCCUCGGCGAGCCUUUUUGCGGCCCUAAAAGCGCUAACGGCGGUGCGUGCGCCGGGAGGCAGGUGAUCUGGCGGAACUGUCGCGAACUGCUCCACUGGGCGUUGGCCCUGCUGGUUCCUCCCCAUGGGGAGGCAGCUUUUUGGUUUAUGGCCGGAAGUAAUCGGAUUGUGAUUGGAGGGAUGGGCGGACUAGGAGCGCAUUCUUCCAAACCGCUGAAUGUUUGCGAGGUGGCUCUGGGUUACUUUAAAAAUCACCAUGUCUUCUUCCCUGGGGCUCCGUUUGGCUGCUUGUUUUCUAAAUAUUUCAGAAGCCAGAAGAAAAUACAUUGUUGAGAACAUAGCACAGGCAGCUCUUCAUGAAAAAAAUGGGCAGAAAUAACCUGAAGCAUCAAUGCUCAAUAUAUUUUCAUUUUCUGAUCAAGACUCCAUCAAAUCAGUCAUUACAAUAUCGGCUUCUAUUAAUGAAUUAGGAUGCUCCUCAUGCCAACGUUGGCCCGGCAGAAUGCAGAAGAACAUCAGUCUGAAUCUGACCUUGGCAGCCCGACAGGUUUACGGUAAUGGGAGAUGAGGGAGGAAGAGGGUUUAAGAAGG